GAGAGUGAGAGCACCUCUGUCGCUCUCCCAGCCUCCUCUCCUGUGCGCAGUGCUCUGCUCCGGCCGCUCCUUCCUUUCCUACCUUCCUCCCUUCUCUCCUUCCUUCCUCGUGUCCUCCCCACAGCUGGCUCUCUCGUCUGUCGGAUGCUGCUGCUGCUGGCUUUCCCCUUCUCUCACUGAACCGAGCGGGAGGAGCAAAUACUUCCGAGGGCUGGAAUGGCUGACUAAACUACCUGUUCUGCAUGGUCUGAAUUUGCGGGGAAUUUCACCACGUCGGUCGGAGACGAGGGGGGAGUCCAGAGGGAAGAAGAGGAGGCUCUCCAUCCCACGAGGGAAUUGAUUUUACAGAGGUAUGCCAGUGCCUGAGGUGGCAUCUGACACUGCCAGCGCUGCUGCCAUGUUGAGCCCUGUCCUCAAUGCCUCCAAUGGAGACGGCUCGGAGUCCGAAACCACCUCCGCCAUCCUCGCCUCCGUCAAGGAACAGGAGUUGCAGUUUGAACGUCUGACCAGGGAGCUGGAAGCCGAACGACAGAUUGUUGCCAGUCAGCUGGAGAGAUGCAAGCUCGGCUCUGAGACUGGAAGCAUGACUAGCAUCAGCUCAGCAGAUGAGAAGUUUCGCUGGAACAAUCAAGAUGGACAGAAGGACAUAGAAGAGGAGCUGACGACAGGCUUAGAGCUGGUGGAUUCGUGCAUCAGAUCACUCCAGGAAUCAGGCAUCUUGGACUCGCAGGACAGUUCUGCAGGAGACAGACAAGGACUCCUGUCCCAAAGCGCUUUGCAGUUCAACAGCCAGGAUGCUUAUGCAGCAGCUGGGUACCACAGUAACCAAGGGCUGACACUUGGAGAGACAGUUAGUGCCCGUAGCGGGCAGGUCGGAGGGGCAGUUCACAGCUACAACCAGGUGACAUCGAGCCGAGCAGCUGCUCACUUCAUGGGCACAGACUCUCCCUCUCAGUCCCAGAGAGAUUCAUUUGCUCAGCAGGCCCUUGGCAGCGCUUUCCAGAUGCCCACUGAGGUUGGAUCUGCACCGGCUGGACACCCCAUGUAUUACUCUUGUGCCACUUUGCCUGCACAGCGUGUGAGCUCACCGCUGCAGGCCGUGGGAUCCCCUACCAAGCUGCAGCGUCUGGGAUCGGCCUCCGCCGACAUGCCCAGCUACGCCACGCUGCAGAGAGUGUCCUCCCCCAAACAGUCGCCCAGCCGACUCGCCAAAUCCUACAGCACCUCGUCGCCCAUCAACAUGGUAGCAUCGGGCGGCGCGGGUUCCUCCUCUCCACUCCCCAUGGCCGGCUCCCCCGGAGGAAACCACAGCUCGUCGCCCAUCCACCAGCUCAGCUCGGCGAUCGGAAGCUACGCCACGCUGUCUCCCACCAAGCGUAUGCUGCACCACAUUGGAGGGGAUACCUACAAGAUUUCCCAUGAGCUUUACGCUAACGCAACCCUGCAAAGGCCUGGUAGCCUGGCAGGUAGAGGCUCCAGAGGGUCCUACAGCAGCCAGCACAGUCACCUGGGCGCAGAACUGCGACCGCUUCAGUCCCCUGAACACCACAUCGACCCCAUCUACGAAGACAGAGUCUACACCAAACCCAACCUCAGAGGACAAGUGGUGAACCAGUUGUACCAAGAGGUCCUCAACUAUCUGUUUUAUCCUUACACUCCUGUUCCCGCUCUAGCCCCGCCUUCCCCUGGUGUUGAUCCAAUCCCCUUGCAGCGUACUGGAAGCCAGAGCGCCGUCGCCACUUUUCAGAGAGGCAGCUUUGCCGCAGGAGGCGGGUCUGCCGACUACGCCAAUCCGUACCGCACUCUGCAGUUCUGCCCGUCCACCGAGUCGCCUUACAGCAAGUCGGGCCCCGCCCUCCCCCCUGAGGCUGCUCUUGGCCGCUCCCCAUCGGUGGACAGCAUUCAGAAGGACCCCAGGUACGACCCCGAAUUCCUUGUGUGGAAUCAAAAUCAAGCCGAGCAAAGAAUGACAAAGGAGUUUGGCUGGAGGGAUCCAGAGCUGCCAGAGGUGAUCCAGAUGUUGCAGCACCAGUUUCCAUCAGUCCAGUCCAACGCCGCUGCCUACCUCCAGCACCUCUGCUUUGGAGACAACAAGAUCAAGUCUGAGAUCCGCCGGCAAGGUGGGAUCCAGCUGCUGGUGGACCUGCUGGAUCACCGGUUGACGGACGUGCACCGCAGCGCCUGCGGAGCACUCAGGAACCUGGUCUACGGCAAAGCUAAUGACGACAACAAGAUUGCCCUGAAGAACUGUGGCGGUAUUCCAGCUCUGGUCCGACUACUCCGGAAGACCACAGACGUGGAGAUCCGAGAGCUGCUGACAGGUGUUCUGUGGAACCUCUCGUCGUGUGAUGCCCUGAAGAUGCCCAUCAUCCAGGACGCCCUGGCGGUGCUGACCAACGCUGUGAUCAUCCCACACUCCGGCUGGGACACGUCCCCACACACCCAGGAGGACCGCAAGCUGCACCUGCACUCCUCCCAGGUCCUCCGCAACGCAACGGGCUGUCUGCGGAACGUGAGCUCUGCAGGUGAGGAAGCACGGAGGAGGAUGAGGGAGUGUGAGGGGCUGACAGAUGCUUUGCUCUAUGUCAUCCAGACCGCUUUGGGGAGCAGUGAAAUCGACAGCAAGACUGUGGAGAACUGCGUGUGCAUCCUGAGGAACUUGUCGUACCGCCUGGCUGCAGAGACGUCUCACAGCCACCAGGGGGGGUCAGAGGAGCUGGACGGCUUGUUCUGUGACACCAGCGGCAAGGACACGGAGAGCUCCGGGUGUUGGGGAAAGAAGAAGAAGAAAAAGAAGGGACACGAUCAGUGGGAUGGCGUCGGCCCAUUUCCAGAUUUGGCAGAGCCCCCGAAAGGCAUCCAGAUGCUGUGGCACCCCUCCAUCGUCAAGCCUUACCUCACACUGCUGUCUGAGUGCUCCAACCCAGACACCCUGGAGGGCGCGGCUGGAGCUCUGCAGAACCUAGCAGCCGGCAGCUGGAAGUGGUCCGUCUACAUCCGAGCUGCAGUGCGCAAAGAGAAGGGUCUCCCCAUCCUGGUGGAGUUACUGAGGAUAGACAACGACCGGGUGGUGUGUGCUGUGGCUACUGCCCUGAGAAACAUGGCUCUGGACAUCAGGAACAAGGAGCUCAUCGGCAAAUAUGCCAUGAGGGACCUGGUGCACCGCUUACCCGGGGGCAGCAACAACAACAACACGAGCAGCGGGGAGGGAGGAAGCUCCAACGGCAGCGGCCUGGUGGGGAAGACCAUGUCGGACGACACCAUCACAGCCAUUUGCUGCGCGCUGCAUGAGGUCAUUACCAAGAACAUGGAGAACACCAAAGCCCUGAGGGAUGCCGGUGGCAUCGAGAAGCUCAUCAGCAUCGCCCGCAGCAAGGGAGACAAAAUUCCCAGACAUAGUCCCAAAGUGGUGAAAGCAGCUUCUCAAGUGUUGAACAGCAUGUGGCAGUACAGAGACCUACGCAGCCUUUACAAGAAGGAUGGCUAUUCACAAUAUCAUUUUAUUGGCUCCUCCUCCACGAUAGAGCGGGACAGGCAGCGACCUUAUUCUUCUUCUCGUACUCCAUCCAUCUCUCCCGUACGGACCUCGCCUAACAAUCGAUCUGCGAGCGCUCCUGCAUCACCCAGAGAGAUGAUGGCGUUGAAGGAGAGAAAGGCAGACUACGAGUCGACAGGCAAUGCCAGUUACCUUGGCAACAAGGGCGAACACACAUCCCGGAAGGACACGAUGACGGGUCAAAUCUCUGGUGGGUCGUCAACAUUACACAGAGGAGCCUACGUUUCCCCCACUGAUGACCUUAAGUAUAAUCAGGUCUCUUCUCAAGGCUUGCAGUCAGAACCGUAUCCCCCUUUCCAGAAUCCACCCCCACCCGACAACGGCAACUACGAGGAUCAGGCCUUCUACGAGAACCAGGUCCACGCGGGCGGGCGGCCCCCGCAGGGGGAUCUCAACAUGCACCUGCAGGGCCUCAAGUCCACCGGGAACUAUGUAGACUUCUAUUCAGCCUCUCGGCCCUACAGCGAGCUCAACUACGAGACCAGCCACUACCCAGCCUCCCCAGACUCCUGGGUCUGAGAGAAGACGAGGGUGGAGGGGGAGGAGAGGAGGACAGGAGGAGGAGGAGGACGGGGUGAAUGAUGGAUACUGAACACUGAUACAGAGUGGGGACUGGGAUAGUUUUAAAAGUGGAGCGAAAGCUGAGAGGACAGUCUCUCCUUCCUCAUCCUCCGCUGUACUUCCUGAGUAGCAUUAUAGAUAACAGGACGAAGGACAGGGAGGAUGGAGCACAAGAACGGAGAGAUAAGGAGAGGAGGAUUCACUUCCUUCCAGGACAUCUGAAGGGGGCGGGGCGGGGAACAAAAGAGGACCAGAAGCAAACCAGAGUGGCCACGCAUGUGCAUGCACAACCACCGACCGAACUGACGGACACAUUUUCUUUCUAGGUUAAGUUCAUGAUAAAAACAACCCCCCGGGCCCCUGAAGGCGUUUGGAUAGAGAACGUGAAAGAGACGGCGAUGUCGAGAGCGUGAAUGGGAUGGAGAUGCAUGAAGGCAUAUAUUGGUUCAAGAGCUGGGAUUAAAAAGGACUACAAAGAGAAAAGUGGAUCAGUGGACUCUGCUGGGAGGUUUUUGCAGACGUCAGCGAAAGACGCCAGAGAAACGUGUGUGAAACCUGUAAAUAUGCGGUAGAGCGUCAUGGCUUGUAGUAAUGUAAAGCACAAGAAGCAGAGCUGUAGGGCAUGUAGGACUUCUUUCACACAAACUUUGGUGUUUCUCCACGGCUUCAGCAAGACGUUUCCUCCUCCCUGAGCAAAGAAGAGCCUCUGAACUUUUGGUUACUGGUUACAUUUUUUAAGUUGUUGUCGUUGUUGUAUCUCUUUCUUUUUGUUGUGUUUCUACUUUUUUAAUUCUUGUUGUAUAAUAUUUGAUGUACACUGUACAUAUAAGGAGAUGUAUUGUGUACUGUACAUUACACUAUUUUUUUGUGUCAUGUGUCAACCUCACCUCCUUCACUAACUACCCCAUUGAAAACACACACAUGCACAAAAUAACUGCACUCAGAUUUUCUAAACUUGUCAUGGAUGUUGAUGUGCUACCAAUGUGAAACACUGGACAUGAAGUGCUGGGUCACGGUGCUCCUUACACUGCCCUACUCUGAGGAGAUGCCCUGAAAGCUGAAGAAAUGCUCAAAUAGAUGAGCAGCUUCUUCUGCUCUGCCUUUUUUUUUGUUUUUUUCUUUCCUUCUUUUCUCCAAGGCUGGCUUUAGUAAAGCAAAGCCUAUAUUUUCACAAUAACUUCACAAAUUCUCUCUAUUAGUUCCCGCAAGCCCUCCCUUCCGGAUGACAUAUGUCUCAUUGUGUACAUAACCGUGCCAAACAAGCGUUACUCCCCCUCGGCUGAAGAGGGGACGUCAAGUUUGCAUUAAAAGGGUCCAAGUUCAGCUGAAGGUUUUUCUGCUGAACAUUCUCAGUUCUAACGAUACCAGUUUGUAAAUGCUUUGUUUUUUCUAAACUGUGUUUUACUGAGAUGAGAAUAUCUCACCGCACCAACACGAGGGAGAAAAUUAUCCUAAAAAAGAAUAACCUAUGAAGAAAAAUUGAAAAGAAGCCCCAUAGAGGGACAAUGGGACUGGACGGAGCUUCAAUUCCUCUCACGUUGUCCAAAAUUAGUUGAUUUCUGUGUUGUAAAAUAGUCAAUGUUUGAAGUACAAAAAAAAACAAAAAAAAACUUUUCUGAGAGUUGGGUGGCAAUUCUAACUUCAUGGUAGACAAAUCUGUUAAUAGAGUAAGGAUAUAUAUUAUAUAAAUAUAAAUAUAUAUACUUUUUAUGUACAGAUGUGGAUGUCACUUACAGCAGCAACAUUACGGGAAAAGACUUGUGGGGGGAAAAAAAACAGCUACAUGUAGUAAUUUUGUUUACAUCUUAAUUUCUGGUUAACACACUAAAUUGUCAAAUUUGUGUAGUAAUGUUGUUGCUAUGUGGAGUAGAGUAGACCAGGGCCCAGGGAUCCAUGUUGUCACUGAAGCUACAUCCAUGAGAAGUGUUUCUAACAAGUCUGUAUUUUAUCAGUGCACUAAAUAAUUGCACCCCCUCUGCUGCAUUGAUUACAAAACUAUGGAUUUUUCUAGGUAUUGUCUUUUUUUUAAUUUCCUACCAACACACACAAACAUACACACCAUCCUUCUGAAGAAAAUCAGCAUCCAUGAAUGCAUGAGUAUUUUGUCAUCAGAUAGGAGUAAAGACGUGACAACAGACCCUGGCUCUCCCUACCCUCUGCUGUUUAGAAGUCCUAGAGGUUCUCAUCCAAUGCUUUAAAAGUGACUCAUAAUGCUACUGUUCCCCACAAAAACACACACUGGAUGAAAAGCAGAUGUACUGUAUUUGUUAGUAAGCAUCUAAAAACUGACGUUAUGUAUGUCUUUGUGAUCCUUAGGCAGAAAAACCUGACUAUAACACCUGUAUGGAGAUAUAACGUCAGUGACCUUUUUGUUGCUAGACCAAAUGUGUUUGAAAAAGAGAAUUGUGAAACUUUCUAUUGCCUCAAACAGAUUGCAACUGCUC